GUGCAACGUUAGACGGAGUGUUUCGCAUCCUGAAACGGGAAUCGGGAAACUUUAUUGAAGUCGUAUUUUGAACUUGUUUAAAAUUUCUCUGUACUGAAAAUUCUAUUUGAUAUGCAAAUAAUUUAUAAUCUUAGAGAAGUUUUGUCGUCGUGUGCUAACCAUGCCAGGCGCAAAAUAUGAACAGCUGCCUAUGAAGUCAGAAGGAGAAGAAGACGUGUUCACAAGUAAACCAAAAGCGAAAUGGUCAGAAGUAUGCUUUCAAAAAAGUUUGCUGUCCUUGGGGUUAAUCUUGCUGUAUUUCUCGCUGUCGAUUGGACUCACCUUUUAUCAGCGUUGGCUACUAACAGACUUCAAGUUUCCGCUCACCGUGGUGAUGUACCACCUCAUAGUUAAAUGGAUUCUAUCCGUUUGCGUGAGGGUGGUACUCCAGAUUAUCACAGGCACUCCUCAACUAAUACUGCCAUGCAUGACCUGCCUUAAGUCCGUUGGGCCAACUGGCUUGGCCAGCGGCAUUGAUGUAGGAUUCUCGAACUGGGGACUGGAGUUAGUCACGAUCUCCCUGUACACAAUGACGAAGUCCACGACUAUCAUCUUUAUUCUCUUCUUCGCAAUCAUGCUGGGACUCGAGAAAAAGUCAUGGUCUCUAGUGGGCAUAGUCCUGAUGAUCUCAACGGGCCUCAUAAUGUUCACAUAUAAGGCCACGCAGUUCAACCUCCUUGGGUUCAAUUUCCUGCUGAUCGCGUCCUUCGCGGCUGGUCUGCGAUGGACGUUCGCGCAGCUACUGAUGCAGAAAUCCAAGCUGGGUCUACACAACCCUGUCGACAUGGUAUUCCACGUGCAGCCGUGGAUGUUCGUCUCGCUGCUGCCCUUCACGAUCAUGUUCGAAGGGUUUGCUUGCUACGACCACCUCCAGAAGCUGUCUGCAGAUAGGCUGCUACCCACGAUCCUUAAGGUGUCGGUCGGAGCCACGAUCGCUUUCGCCAUGGAGAUCAGCGAGUUUCUAGUCGUAACCUACACAUCUAGUCUGACGUUAUCCAUCUCAGGAAUUUUUAAGGAAAUGUGCAUUCUGGUGCUGGCGGUGGAGGUAAGCGGGGACGUCCUCUCUCCGAUCAACGUGGUGGGGCUGGCGGUCUGUCUGCUCGGCAUCUGCGGCCACAUCGUGCACAAGGUCAUCUUCAUCAAGUCCGUGGCUGGGACCAUCCAAGCCGUUGACGAGGAUUUCGACAAGAUCCGACGGCCAUUGAAGAUAACAGGCGAGCAUGAUAAACCUCUUCUAGAAGACCAGACGUGGCCCGCGAGCGAGGAGAGCGACUUCGAUAGCAACGUGGUACUUUUCGAAGUACUACAGCGCCGUGACGGUAGGUAAACAGGUCCCGGGAGUUCCGAUUGGUCACCUCAUAACGACGACGGGAGGGGAAUUUGUCCGGUUUUCAUUUAUACCUAACGCAAUCGCUUUUUCUCUAUUUUUUCUGAUGGAAUGAACAUGCGCAUGUUGCAUGUUACCGUGUACGUUACAUAAGUAAAUAUGUAUUUAUUUUUUAUUCGUUACAUAAAAUCUAUGUAAGAAUUUCCAUUGGACAGCAUCUUGCCGAGAUUACGAUUCGAAGCGACGCAGCCACCUGAUACGUUGGUAAAAGGGAGUCUAAAGUAUUUUUCUGUCUUGAUAUUAGUAUAAGAUAUGACCUUCAAGAAGUAAUUACGGUAUCCGAGCGUUGUACUAGUACCUAAUUGGUGAAAACAUUGGUUGGUCAUUUGAAAACUUGAGCAAAUCGCCUCUCCCACUUAUUUCCAUUAUUUACAUUAAAUAGAUACUACCAAAGUAUUAGCUCAUUGUAAAAUUACAGUUAGAUACAUUAGAAAUAGCAAUGUUUGCACUUGGG